UCUCUCCUCCCUCAUUCUUCUCUCCCUCCCCCCCCCUUCCCAAGCUGAGAAACUCAAGAGGCGAUGCUGCGAUGCUGAUGCUGCGGCUGUGGAAGAGUGAAGCAAGGAGGGACAUUUCUCAUUGCUAAGGAUCCUGGUCGGGAGAGGAGCUGAACACGCCACCACUGUCCCUGAGCUGCGGAAGCUCUCUUCUGCGUCCCUCCCAUCCUCAGUUCCUGCUCCCACCAGGGAGGGAGGGAGGGAGAAAAGGAGGGUCUCUGGGCAGUUCUGGCUCUGUUUUCCCCCUACCCUGGUAACGGAAGUGCCAGGCGCUUUUAGCAGAGGGGCGGGGGCAUUGGAGCGGGAGGGGGGCAUGGAGCCUGUCCGGGAGCCUCCUAGGAGAAGCCGGCCCCCUCCACCACCCGCUCCAGCCGCGUCGGCUCCUUUGCCAAGAGUGCUGUCCCCUGGGGACGGGGAGGGCCGGGGCCAGGAGGUGCUGCUGAGAAGAUCAGGAUCCGGGUACGAGGGCAGUACCAGCUGGAAGGCGGCCUUGGAGGAUACAACAACCCGCCUGUUGUUAGGAGCCAUUGCAGUCCUGCUUUUUGCCAUCCUCGUUGUGAUGAGUAUACUUGCUUCCAAGGGCUGUAUCAAAUGUGAUGCUCCAUGCCCAGAAGACUGGUUACUCUAUGGAAGGAAAUGCUAUUUCUUUUCGGAAGAACCAAGAGAUUGGAACACAGGGCGCCAGUACUGCCACACUCAUGAGGCAUCCCUAACUGUGAUCCAGAGCCAGAAGGAGUUGGAAUUUAUGUUCAAAUUCACCAGGAAGGAGCCCUGGAUUGGCCUGAGGAGAGUGGGGGACGAAUUUCACUGGGUCAAUGGAGAUCCAUUUCACCCGGAAGAGUUCUCUGUCUCAGGUCAUGGGGAGUGUGUCUUCGUGGAACCCACCAGACUCGUCACGUCAGAUUGCCUGAUGACCAGGCCCUGGGUAUGCAGCAAGAUGGCGUACACGUGAAGCAGGGGUGUGGCAGUGUGAGAAGCAGGCCAGCACAUGCCUCUCCCUAUGCCUGGGUCCAGUGAUGAGAGGUCCCAGCUCUCACCCCGACACUCACUAUGGAACCACAGACCCCAGAAGUUUUCUCUGUCAGCCAUGCAGCUGUGAGGCAGUAGUAUAUUAACCCUGGGUCUCAGUCCUGGGCUCCUGGUUCCCUCCUCUGCACAAAUCCUAUCGACUCGCUGUGCCAUUCUAGACAGGCUUUGAAGCCUGGUUAUGCCUCUGCCCUCCCCUUUGGCUAAGUAGCACACAACUGCGCUUCUCUCGACGCCACGUGUGGGCACCAUGUAUGACUGUUGCCUGUAGUGAGGGAUAACAAAGCAAAUAUUUCUCAUCAACAUCAACGCCACCUCCACAUAAGCAGCUCCCACAUUGAUUGUAGCCCCACAAAACCGGGUAGCUCCUCUCCACUGGAGAGCUACUUAUUUUGCUUGAUCUUCCUGACAUUUUGGAGGCACUGAAAUUUACCUUAUUACGCUGCUUUUUAACUUAAUUUUUUCUGAGAACAAAGUAUAUUUUUCUUUGGAAAUAUUUAAUCUCCCCCCCCCAACUCUUAUAAUCACUGGCAGAAUCCCUAAAGUCACUCUUUUUUCCCCCAUCUGCCUUGCUUUCUGCACUUUCUGGUUGUGGUCAGGAGACCUUGCUCUCCCCGGCUGCUCUUCCCAAGGUAGGCUUCAAGACUCGCCUCUGAGGGACUCAGCUUAUAGUGAGCCGCAACUGUCCACUGGCACCGUCCUUACACCUGCUUCAGAGCGUUCUUAUUGCACAACCCAGUAGUACCGGUGCUCAUAGAAAACAGCAAACAACAAAACAAUGACCUUAAGUUACUCACAAAGUGGAACACGCCCACCUUACCCAAGAGCCACUCUAACCAUUGCUGUCCUUAUCAUAAUGAGAGGGACACUUCCUAUCUGUCAUGUAGAAAAAAGUCCUGUGUGGUGCAGGGGGGGGGGUCUGGGUGCCCACUCUCAUGUUCUCUUCGCCCCUUGCUUUCCCUCCCAUUCUGCUUCCUUAGUGCUCCUCCGGCAGGGCCCCUGAUUGUAUCUAUGAAUGAUGUAUUGAUUACUAAUGGAAUAAAGACCUCCUCCCACAACC